AUGCUACUACGCUCGAGCAAUGCAGGUUCCCAUUCUUUUUUUGGCGCUUACGAAACCCAUGUCGAGUCGCCUGUUUACUGUUUUCGCUGUCUCCGCCUAUCGCACCGAAAGGACACCUUCAAACAAACCCCAACUUUCGGCCAAAACAUCGCAAAAAGUCGGGGUCCCCGUCAUUUUAAACGACAAGCGCCUCUUGCCACCGUAUUCACUUCUCAUUUUAUAACGUGGACCGGGCGGAGCGUUUCGGAAUUCUUCAGCGCGCUGAGUUCUGAAAUCAUGACUACCACUGCUCAACCGGAUCAGUCGUACUACAACCGUGUUCUCAGCUACAGCCGUGGCCAGGCAUCCAAGUGCGGCACAUUGACUGUGGGCGCCGGCGUGAUCGCAAGCCAAAUACUCCUGGCAAUUACCGCGGCGUCGGCAGCGCUGCUCCUCGACGGCAUGAAGUUGGUGAAGGCCAAAUCUGCCGGUUCUCUUCACCCGGCCAAGGUCCGCGUCAUGAAUGCAUAUGAAGGGGUGCGAGGCACCGUCGAGCGCCCACUACGAUUUGUGACCGAAAAGUCGUCCGAUGUUCUGAAUGCCGUCCUUGAUGUCGUGAGCGCCGUCCUGGAAAAGUCGCUUGGCUUGGAAAUCCCAUCCGCCCAGGAAAGCUCGGUUUUGGAACGGGUGAAGGCGGUCCUUCGUGGGCUCUACGAGUUUUUUACUCUGAAGGCUCAUAAACAAGUCAUCGAUCCGCUUUCCGGACAAGUCCAGGCUGCCGUCGAAAAGUUCAACAAGAACCUUGCCCUCGUCCAGGUCGUUCGCGAACAGGGACAAUGGGCCUCUGACAAGAUGAAUGAAGUCAAGGGUUCCCUGGGAGAUCUCAAGCACAAAUUCGAGACCGAAGCCGCAAACCUUCAGGUUGACCCUGAAGAGCUUCUGAUGAAGGGAAUUCACCGCUCCAACCAGGAACUGCAGCAGCGCUUGACGGUGCUCCGUGAGAAAGGCAGCCAGAUGAUGGGUCAGGGCAGCAAUUUCGACGGCUUCAUCACCUAUCUCCAAGAGCUGGAGACAUCCCUUGCCCAAGCCGAUAACAUCUACAGCGUCCAAGAAGAGGUUCUCCAGGAGGUUCGCAAGCGUCUCAACCAGCUCAAGCCUGCCGGUCCAUGGAACAACUACUUCCGCAACGAG